AGUUGAUGAAAUUAAAAGGGCAACCAAUGCCACAUACAAAUACACUUGACGAAACACGACUCAAACUAGACAACUCAAUCUAUUUCUCAUAAUCACCACAAUCAAUCCAAAUCUCCACAAAAACACACCAAAAAAUCAAUCAAGACUGAAAACGCAACAUGAAGAUGUCAACAUUAACACCUUCUUUUGCAUAUGGUACAAUGCUCCCACCGCAGAAGGAGCACAAAGUCAGCUCACGCUUAAAGAUUAGUGCUCAAAGAUCUCAAUUUGAAGGGUGGUCGAGUAAUCCCGUGGAUUUAAAUAUGAUGGUUCCAAACGAUAGGAUCAAGGUGAUGAGGACAAAAAAGACGUUGAAGGGAAACCAUAGACCAUACGGAUGGGACUAUGCAUCGAAUUAUAUACACAAACCUAAAAAACACCCUGAGUAUCUACAAACAAUCCUCUUAAUUUUUGGCCCUAUGAGUUUUUCAAUCCUCUUUGGCACCACUCUUAUUUGUAUUUUUUCCCUAGUGGUUCACCUCAUCCUAUGAAUGACCUCAACCAAAUAGCAUUACCCAAAAUAAAUUCAAGGAAGGAAAGAGAGCAACAUUCGAUUAAUGUUUCUUAUAAAAUCAUGUUAUCCUAUGAAUAAUAAGAUGUGAAGUGAUUUGUACUAAGUGAGAAGGGCAUGUAAUAG